GUUGAAGGUGACGUUUUCAACGCGUCAUGUUUGGCGCCAGCAUUUUCGCGGGGAGUGAGGACUGGACAGACGCUGCGUAGGCUUGAUCAUUUACAAACAUUGUGCUAUAAACUUCCCUGAUUUCUCUGGUAAAGCUCGUGUGUCGAUGAGAUCGCCUUCAGUGAUCGAUAGCGAGUCCUCAGGCGCGAGGUUGUGAGGAUGAUGGCAGCAGUGCCUCUAUCUAGCGCCAGCCUCCUUUCUCUUCUGGAGUGUCUGGAAGAUGAAGCAGCUGGGCUGUCAGAGAAGACGGAUGCCUACAUCACCAUCGCAAACCGCCUGAAUGGAGAGGAGGGGCGUCAGUUUCUGUCUAUAGUUGUAAAGCAUUUUGCACAUCUAAGUAAAGUCCUUUUGGUUCAUAUCUCCAGUGAGAACGAGGAGCUGUGUCAGGCUGCAUUGCAGGCUUUAGGAUUCUGUGUCUUCCACUCGCACAUUGUUUCAGUCAUACCAGCAAGUAUUUCAGAAGAUAUACUGUCUACGCUCUGUAAUGUGGUGGUAAAAUCAAAAGAGAAGUUUACGUGCACUCGAGCAUUAUGGGUGAUUUCAAAACAGAAUUUCCCGGCAGAAGUGGCAUCCAAAAAGGUCCCAGAGAUUCUGAAGAGUCUAGAGGCCAUGCAGACCAGAGAGGUUCAGUCCAUCCUCAUUGAACAUGAAUCACUUAAUGUCAUCAUAAGGUUGCUGGAGCAGGCCCCGUCUCAGAUGGCUGCAGGAGCUGUGUGCUGGGCCAAGCUGGUUAUUCCUCUGGUGAUUCACUCGGCCAAUAAAGUGCGCUUGCGUGCGGCAGCAGCCCUGGAGCUGGGCAUGCCUCUUCUUCUGGAGAAACAGCAGGAGGUGGCAGCCAUUGUAGAGCCAAUGAUGUCUUCUAUGCUCAUCCCUGAAAUGCAGAAGCUGUUUGCCUCUAAAAACGAGACCAAUAUGCUGAAGCUGUGGCCUCUGUUUGUAAAACUUCUGGGGAAGUUGCUCCACAAAGGGGGUGCUUUCAUUAAUUCCUUGCUGUAUUUAGAGGAGCUUGGUUUUCGCAACUCCUCCCCUAAUAUUAAGAAGAUUGCCUUCAUCGCUUGGAAGAGCCUCAUUGACAACUUCGCCCUUAAUUCAGAAAUCCUGUGCAGCAGCAAGCGUCUGAAGCUCCUCAUGCAGCCCCUCAGUUCCAUCCAAGUCAGGACUGAAGCUCUUCUGCUCACCAAGCUGGAGGUGUGGUGGUACCUUGUAAUCAAGCUCGGACCCAACCUGUCCACUAACUUUGAGCAGGUUGGUGUACCGCUACUGCACAGCACACUUCCCUUUGAUUCUCCACUGCCGUCUCCGACUACACCUGCUAGAACCCCUAACCCAAGCAGUGGCACCCCUAACACCCCUAAAACAGGCAUUCCUUCCUGCAGCACACCAAGCGCUACUCCUCGCAUGAAUCUGAACAGCAGUGUGCUGGGGGCUCAGUCCUACCGCUCCAUUCAGCUCCUAGGACUAGAGAUGCUCCUGCACUGGCUUGUGGGUCCAGAGGUUACAGUCACAGCAGCUAGAGAAAAUCUUCAGCUUAGCCUGGAGCCCCUGAUGCACCCGCUCUUUACCAGCCCUUCCUCCUUCAGUAGACAUGCCUCCACCCUCAUAUCAGCUGUCAAAGAAGGCUUCAUUACUGUGGGAAAGCAUGCUCCAGAAGCGCUUCUUAAUCUCAUUUGGAGCAACCUGAUCUGCUCUGUCAGCACAACAAUAGAAGCUUGUAAUAAGAAGGAACGACAGGGGUCAGAGGUUCUCACGCUGCUUCUACAGGCUCUGCAGGCCAUCCUGUCCUCAGAUGUUCUGCCUGCUGAACGUGCCCUGCUUUUGCUGGAAGCCACUGUUAAUGGAAUACCUCAGAAGGUGCUUGGUUCUGCUGCUUAUCAAGUGGCAAACAUGGAUUUGUUAAAUGGUACACCAGCACUUUUCCUAAUACUGCUAUUCUACAAGAGUAACCAACUCUCCGCCUUUCUUGAAGAUGAUCGGUUUUUUUCAAGCCUGGAGACCCUUGUGAGUUGUGGGUUUUGUGGACCUACAUCUCCCCUGGCGUUUGGAGAGGCUGUUUUAGGAGCGAUUAGUGGGAGUGUGGAGGCUGUUAAAAUCAAGAAACAGCUCUGGAGGAUGUGGAGUGUGGUUGUAAACCCUCUGACGGACACAAUCACUCAGACAAAUGAAGUGAAUCAAGGAGAUGCUCUGGAGCAUAAUUUCAGUGCCAUUUACAGUGCCUUGAUGUUCCCAGUUAUUCAUCUGCUGCCUGGUUUGCCCCUGCCCCAAACCACUCAGAAGACCAUGAUCGGUACCUGGUCCAGGCUUUACAAGGCGUUUGCUCGCUGCUCCGCUUUGGUAGCCACAGCUGAGGAGAACACAAGCUGCGAAGAGCUGUGUGCCAAGAUCUGUGCCUCUCUUGACAGUGAGGCUCUUAAAAGCAUGCCUAUGCUAGAUGCAAUAGCCGGUAUCUUGCUGGUCAUCAUUGAGAGUAUGGACUUCUCUCCUUACACCCCACAGUUCCAGCAGAAGAUGAAAUCUCCUCAUACGCCCUUGAGUUGGGUGCGCAAGAGAAGCAAAGCCCUGGGGAAUCUCUCGACCUUCCACAGUCUCCUGGUACAGACUCUAGAGGCAUUCCUUUCUUUGGACUUCUCAGAAGCAUCUGUAGAGUCCACCGGAGUUUUAAAUGGAAUUGGCUUGACGCUGGUCUCUAACUUGUCAACCCUUUUCACUAAUAUCACACUGCCCACGUUCAUACAAGAGGUGCUGUCCUCCCUCACCAAACCACUCUCGCGCCUUUUUGAAUUGGUCUCCAGUCAUGAUGAACCAUCAAAGCUCAGUGCAACAUUAGGACCCAAGUUGGAGAAACUGGCCAUGGACCUGCUUGGCUGCCUUCAAACACAAUCAACUCUGCAUGAUGAUGAGAUGCUUGCCAUGUUGUCGCCCUUGCUCUGCGUGCUUUUUCUGCACAAGAGCAAGCACAUUCGCACUGUGGUCAUGCAGUUCUGGAAUGCCACUUUUGGAAAUGCACUCACCUUGACUUACCCUGAUCCUCUUAAGUCUGUUUUAAGUCAGGUCAAGCAAAAGACUCCAUUGAUUUUACCUGGUUUUGAAGCUAUUGAUGCACCAGAUGAUUGCAGUGGACAGUAUACGGGGGAGAGUUCUCAGCUGGACCCUCAGAUCAGCGGGGUAAAAAUGACCUCUGUGGGAAAGAGGGACUCCCUCCUGGCGAUGGCAGAAGACCUUAAAGGAAGAGGCUCUUUAACCAUUGCGAAGCCAGUGUCUGUAAAGCUGGAUUUUGGAUCACCCAAGCCAUUGAGGCGGAAAGCUAUUGAGGAGGAGGCUUCAGUGGAUUUUGUUUUUAUUCCACCUGAGACCAAGGAUAGAGUGCUAACGGAGCACCAGAAAGAGGUCAAAAGGACUAAACGGGUUGACAUUCCUGCGCUCUAUAAUAAUCUGGAUGCGUCCCUGGACACCACAGUCUUUUCACAGUAUACUCAGAGUCAAGAGGAGUCCAUGGACAAAUUGACAAAAGAUGAAAAGCAUCAACCAGAGGAAGAGGCUGAUAUUCAGCUCAAGGAGGUUUCUGCAAGUGAGGAACCAAUCACAGAUGUUAGAGUAACCCAAGAAGGCACCAGAUCAGCUGUAGAAACACCAGAGAAAGAUACGCAAAAUAAAGAUCAAACUUCAGAGAAGAAUCGGUCACCAUUGAGUGACAUCUCAGUUGAUGUGAGUGGGCAUGAGAAAAGUGGAGUUGAGGGGACCAGUCCUAAUGUUUCCAGUUCAUCUGAUAUGAUAUCUGGUACACCACCUAAACCCAAUAGCAGGCGUCAGUCAUUUAUAACUUUAGAGAAAUAUGAAGAAGGGAAACCACCAAGUCCUGCAAGUGUUGCAUUUGCUGGUCCACGCACCCGCAAAUCGAGUAGACUGGGUUCUUCAAAGGCAUCGGAGUCUACUCCAAAUGGCUCACAACUUCAGACUACAAAAGAGGACUCUAAGGAAUCUUGUAAGAGGAGCAUCACUGACCCAUCUGCUCAAAAUGAAGCAAAAAAUGAGAUGUUAACGGGUCAUCACAUUGAAGGUACAGGUGAGGAAGAGGAUGAUGUGGUCCCAGAUACCCAGACCCAAUUAUCUGGUGAAGCGUCAGGUUUUAAGAACAGUCCUGUGUCUAAAGACAAUGUAGAGGAACAAGAUUUUCCUGAAAAAGAUUCACAGAGUCUUGCUGAUUCUCAGGCUAGUCAAGAACUAAGAAGGUCGGGUAGACGGCGAAGUAAACCUUUACGCCCAGGAGAAGAUUCAGGGGAGGUGAAAAGCAAAUGUCAAGAACAGGUUGCAGACUCCAUAUUGACAAAUACAGAAACACCAUUAUUGUCUCCAUGUAGCACUUUGACUGGAAGAAGUAAGGCUAUUAAAGACCGUAAAGCUGAAGGAGAAGAGCUGAACAAAAUAAUUGAAGGAGAGCUUAGUCAAAGUAAUUCACAGAUUUCCUCUGCAGAAUCUUCUCAGGCAGUUCCACAUGCAGUAGUUAUGCCUGGAAAUGAAAUGCUCAACCAGUCUGAGCCCUCUUCCGAGAGUUCUCCUAUAACUCAAUCCAAUCGCCAAAGCAAAGAGAAACCACAAACUCUGAAUGAGUCUGAGGGCCUGUCACUGGGUAGAACUACAAGGAAGACCAAAAUGCACCUUGAGGAGUCAAUAGACAAGGAGGCAGAUGAAAACUCUCAAAAUGUUCCUCAAAAUGUUUCAUCCGCUUUGCAAAAGAAACAUUCACAGACACCUCUUUCCGAUUCUGAGGCUGAUGGCCAGCAAACUGUCCGAACACGAAGAACAAGGAGAUCUGAAUCUCAAUUACUGGAGCUGUCUGGUUCGCAGACCAAAGAUGACUUGAGUCAGACAGACUCUCAAACACUCACAGUGGUGAAGGGUAGAGCUAUGAGGAGGAGAGCUGCAGAAGAAGAGGCGGACUCUAAUAAAGAUGCCACAUCAACUGUAAAUGCUGAGGAGUUAAGUGCAAGCCAAGAUUGCUCUGAAGGUCUUGGUAGAUACAGAACUCGAAGAUCUAAAGGAUUGUUGGCUCCUACCGACAACAUGGAGUCUGAAAUCUCUGAUAGCCGAGAAGACGGACCAAGGCCUAAAAAGAGACUCCGGAAACCAUUAUCCACAGAGGUGCUGCCAGUUGCCAAAGAAUUGAAAGGUACUGAGAUGGUGCCAGAUAUGGAGGGUGUUGAUGUUUCAAUAGAAAUGUCACAGGAUGAGGCAGAUCAUGAAACUACUUUAAAUAUUUCUGUCAGUGAGACCAAAGAAGAGGUCCCCUCCCCUAAUGGUGCACCACAUGAACAGAUUACCUCUGAAAAAGGAGCAGAAGAUGCCAAAAUUGAAACUGAUACAGAUGAAAAGGAGGCCAUUAUUGAGAAGUCGGAGGGUGAAGAAUUGAAUUCAUCUUCACAGAUUGGAUCGGAAGAUUUAACCCAGAAAACUGACAUUUUGCGUAAAUGCCCACAUACCAGGGGACGCGGACGGGGACGUGGUCGUAGACGAUCGAGAACAUGCAACUGUUUUUCAAACAACCGUGAUGUGUUCUCGCAGGACACUGACUUUCAAGAAUCGCAGGAUCUGAAAAAUGUGCAGGUUCCACUUGCCUCUGAUGCCCUGAACUCUCAACCUGAGCAGUCAAGCUCAACAUCUGUAUCGGAGAAAAUCAAGAGCUCAGAAGUUUCAGAUGUCUCAGAUUUUGAUGUUCAGCCAUUUUCAGCCUUGCCUGCACUGCUCCCAUCUGAGGUUUUGCCUUCUGAAAGUCCCAUUGCAAAGCUUGGUGUAAUUGUUUCUCAGCUGCCUGAAGCACAGGAAGGGGCACCGCUUGAAUUGUCUAAACUUACAGAAAAAUCGAACCAGGAGCAUGUAGAGGUCCCCGAGGCAGAGACAAAUCAGUUAGAGAGUUCUGGGUGUGCAGGUAGUCAAAAGCACAAAGAAGCAGAAGAUAGAUUGGAAAAUGGUUCAGUAAGUCAAGAACAUCUCCAGAGUUCGACACCUCAAGACACAUCUCCAAGUCAAGGUCGCCCAGUGGAAGAUGCACCUAUAUGCCAAGAGCAACUAGAGUCUUCCCAUGUCCAGCAGGAGGAUGCAGUUAACCCAGUAGUGAAGGAAUGUGAAGACCUUACUGUUUCAGAGCCAAGUGGUGAAAAGGUGGUGUUGCCAGAAGAGUCAAAUAACAAAGAACUGCUUGACAAGGAUGUUGCUCUUGUUGAGAAGGAUGAAGACACUCCUGUAGACAACCGCAAUAUUCCUGUGGAUGCACUAGAGUCAUUGUCUGUGCCACCUCAGAGUAGUACUUCUGAAGCCUGCUUAGAUUCUCCACCCAAGCCUAAACCUUUGGACGCUCUCAGCGGAGAGCUAGAGCCUGGCCAGAGUCCGAGCAGAAACCGAUCUUGUGCCUGGUCACCAUCCGCUUCCCCAUCUACCAGUAUUCUGAAGAAGGGACAAAAGAGAACAAGUGAAGAGGAUACACCCUCCCCCCUUAAUAAGUCUCGUCGAGUGUCUUUCGCAACUCCAAUUUAUCAACAAGAACUGGCUGAUGAUAUUGAUCGCCGUAGUCCAGUUAUUCGCACAAGCUCGCCUAGGUCAAAAGUCUUGAGUGGGCAGUCGAAGUAUAUCACUACACCCACAAAAGGCUAUUCAAGUUUAAGUCCACGGAACCUCCGUAGCCCUGGAUCCAAAAGCUCUAAAAAAUGCCUGAUUUCUGAAAUGAGUCAGGAGCCACGUCCUAUUGCUAAAGAUUGUGUUUAUCCAGCACUUGUUGGCUGCUCUACCCCUAUAGAGGCAGUUUUACCACAGAUAUCCUCCAACAUGUGGCCUCGUGGCUUUGGUCAGCUUGUUAGAGCUAGAAAUAUUAAAACGGUUGGAGACCUGAGUGCCCUUACUCCAAGUGAAAUCAAGUCUCUUCCGAUUCGUUCACCCAAGCUGUCCAAUGUGAGGAAAGCACUUAAAACCUAUCAUGAACAACAGAGAAAAGGGCGUUCUGAUGACCUAAAGAGCUUUGACGAAAUGGAGAAAAUAACAUCUGAGCCUGAAGAGAUGGAGCUUCCUCAAAAUCAAGAUGAGGAGCAAACAUUAGGAGAGGCUCAAGAUGACAAACCAUCAGAGGUGAGUGUAGAUUCAGAACUGAUGGCGGAGGAGAACAAAUCUUGUGAUUUGCUAUCAGAUGUCGUAGCCCUUAGUGGACGCCUAACUUCAGAGGAACUUGGCCGCUGUUCACCCAACCAGCUGGGCCUGAUGCACGAACAUCUGAGUGGGAUGAUGGGAAGCAUUGUGACCCAUAUGCAGUCCCGCUUGCAGAGUAAUCUUGAUUGAUAGCUUGCCAUGAGGACAUGGAGACAUUUUCCUGAUAUCAGAAUUCACUUUUAACUUGAAGAUUAACAGUGGACUGCUCAUUUCUCAAGUUUUAGCUUAAAUUUUAGAGUAGAUGAAUUUCUAAUUAUGCUCUUUCAGAGAAUAGACUUAAAUGGCCAUUUCCUGUGCUACUCAAGUGACAAUGUAUUUUAUGGAGUGCUUUUUAAGACUGUAAAAUUUUGCUGAGAUGCCAAGGAAACUUUUUUUAAUAAAGUUAUAGUAUUAAUAAAAA